AUGGAUAUUAUGUGGAUAGAUAACCCAUAUACCCCUAUGUACAUUGGUAUUACCUGGUCAUCUGAAAGACUAACUGUAACUUCAUUUCGUUACAGAGGCGCACUUCUAGUCACAAACACAUCAUCAAUUAGUCUGGUCGAUCUGCUGCCAACAAUCCGUGAUCAUUCCCGCUUCGCCGGUUUACACUUCUUCAAUCCAGUGCCAGUAAUGAAGCUGGUUGAGGUGGUCAGCACUCCGGAAACAUCGAAAGAAACCCAGCAAAAGCUAAUGGAUUUCUGCAAAUCUUUGGGAAAAAAGCCAGUUUCGUGCAAGGAUACACCAGGAUUCAUCGUCAAUCGCUUGCUCAUUCCCUACCUUCUCGACAGUAUCCGGAUGCUCGAGCGAGGAGACGCCACCAAAGAAGAUAUCGAUGCUGGAUUCAUUGUUAAUCGCUUGCUCAUUCCCUACCUUCUCGACAGUAUCCGAAUGCUCGAGCGAGGAGACGCCACCAAAGAAGAUAUCGAUGCUGCUCUCCGUUACGGCACAUCAUGUCCGAUGGGUCCAAUCGCAUUGUGUGAUUACGUCGGUCUUGACACUCUUUCAAAUGUAAUGACAGUAUGGCGAGAAUCAAUGCCGGAUGACACGCGAUUUGCACCAAUUCCACUAUUGGAACGGCUCGUCCACGAAGGAAAACUCGGCCGAAAGACAAAAGAAGGCUUCUAUAAAUACUGA